AUGCUUAUAGGCCUGGUGAAGAAUACGAACGACUCAAUUAUCUACUCUUCGAUCCGAGUCAACUCAGUGCAAUACGUUUCCGUCUCCAAAGCAGCUUCUUUCUCGAUCCAGCUGGAUGAACUGUUUGCAGAGAACAACGCCGGGAGCGACACGGACUCUAAUUCCGUCGAAGAGUCGCAGGACUAUUACGAGCCGAUCUCAGCCGUUGAUUUAGACGGUGGAGAUGGCGACGGAGAGGAAGGCAAUUAUCGUCCGAUCAGUGGAGAUGGUUUCAGCAACGGCCUCUCAAAUGGCCAUUGUAUGAUCCCGGAAGCAGAGGACGGAAUCUCUUCUAUCAGUAUACACGGAGACGCAGAGCCGAAGAGUGAGGGCGAAGAAGACACAGAGACGGAGACGCCAGAUUCGGAGAUCCGUACAGCAUUUGAGGAGGACGAACGGCGUAGAAGAUCGCCGUUAAUGGUGGAGAAUGCGGCUAGGGUUAUGGAGGCAAUGCGCGCAAUCUCGUUCCCUGGGACGGCUCCUGAUUGGGCCUCCGAUGUUACUGAAGAUCGUUGGGUUGAUCAGCUUCGAAGACUGAGAUCCACUUCUCAGAACUAA